GUCCCAAUGUGCACGCUAACACGAGUUAAAGAGGACUUUUGACGUACCGAAGCUUGACCUUUUCUCAAUCCAUCCUUCGUUUCCACAGUAUAAAAUUAUAAACUACAUCUUCCCUUGUGUCACUUGAAAUCGUCAACGGAUUCUUCCAGUCUUCUUUUAAAGAAUUCUCUUCCCGGAGCAACCUCAGCUGCCGUCUUCUAUCAGCAUCAAGAAUCAACAGACCGGCUUCGAGGGAAUUGGCGCCAGGCUCUGGUUUCACUGGCAACUGAUUUGACCGAAUUUGGCCUUAAAUCCUGAACGUAUAACAUAGGCAAACAGGCCAUCAAUCGGCCCUGCUGAAAGAACAAUUCAGUAUGGUCAAAUCCUGUAAACCUGUUUUAUGGCAGGUUUAUGUCAUGGCUAAGUAAUAGCAAGGAGCAGUGGAAGAAGCUGCCCAGCAGGAAAAUUUUUCACUUGAAAACAGGAAUUUAUUCUUACAGCUACUUCCAAUGUCUUCGAUGGACUUUAGAAUUGGAAUUGAGGAUGUUGGUGUAGCAGUAUUACAGGAACUCUGGAACAGGGUGGCGCUGCAGACAGUGGAGCUUGCUAAGGAGACAAGAGAUGUCGUGCUGGAAAAGGACAGCUUUCGAGAAUUCUCCAGGUGUAUCUCUGAGCUGGGUAAACUUUUGCAGGCCUUAAAUGUGAGGAAAAUUGAAGCUACAAUGGGUUCAGAUUUUACAAAGGCAGCAUUGGAGAAAUUGAACAGCCAGCUAAUGAAAGCCCGCAAGAUCAUCGUGGAUUACAAAUCUGGAAGCCGUAUCCGGUUGUUACUUCACUCACAUUCAGUGCUCUCACGGAUGCAAGCUUUGGCUAAAGAUAUUGCCGCAACCAUUUCCUCAUUUCAAUUGAUUAAUCUUGAUAUGGCAGUGAACUUGAAGAGCAUGAAUGACCAGAUAAUCAACAAUCUGAAUUCAAUAGAGUUCCGCAUGGCAGCUGCAACAGAAACAAUUGCUUCGGAAAUAGAGAAUUCAAUAUUCCAUAGCAAUAGAAACAGAGAGAAUGCUAUGAAGCUACUGGAGAAGAUCGCUGAAGCUGUUGGUGCUAAUGUGAAUGCAUCUUUGGUAAAACAUGAAUUGGCACUUUUGAAGCAGGAAAAAGAAGCGAUGGAAGUUCAAAAGAAGCAGGCGGAGGCACUUCAGCUUUCUCAAUUGAUACAAUUGUUGUACAGCACGGAAAUUGUUUCAAGGCCUCAAAAUGAGGAGACCUCAACAUACCACAAGCAUUACCCUAUUGGUUCCUUCAUUUGCCCAUUAUGCGAGGAGAUGAUGGUAGACCCCGUUGCGGUUUUCUGUGGCCAUAGCUUUGAGAGGAGGGCAAUUCAGGAAUACUUCAAGAGUGGAAAGAAGAAUUGCCCCACUUGCAGAGAAGAGCUUCAGAGCUUGGAGCUUACUCCUAAUGUUAACCUUCGAAGCUCUAUAGAAGAAUGGAAGAGAAGGGAUAUGGACUGGAAAUUUCAAGCAGCAGUUCCCGGAAUCAAUUGCAAUGACCAUCUUAGCAAAAACAAAGCCUUGGAUGAUCUGAAGGCUCUGUUGGAAAUCCCUGAAUAUGCAGUGAAAGCUGCAAAGGAGGGACUCAUCCCAAAGUUCGUUGAGUCCUUAAAGGACGCUAGGCUUAACAGCGUGGCAGCAGAGAAAUGCCUUUAUUGCAUAGCUAAAUUCUGUGAUGAGCAGAAGCAAGAAAUUGUUCAAGCAGGAGCUGUUCGCCGCAUUGUGAAGCGGAUAUAUAACGGUGAAACAGAACCUGGUACAAUUGCCAUCUUGUUGGAAUUGUCUAAAACAGAAACUCUUAUAGAGAAAAUAGGGAAUACCAAGGAUUGUAUUCCUCUCCUGGUUUCUUUGCUCAGCAACCCCAACCCUGAUAUCUCAUGGAAAGCUCAAAAUGUAUUGCAGAAUCUUUCCUCCAACAUACACUUUGUUGUGAAGAUGGCUGAAGCUGGAUACUUUCAGUCAUUUGUUACUCAAUUCAACCAAGGACACCAAGAGACUCGAGCAUUGAUGGCUGCAGCCUUGGUCAAGAUGCAACUCAAAGAAAACAGUAUAAAUGACUUGAAAGAUAAACAAUUUGUUCACAAUCUAGUUCACAUGCUAUCCUCCAACUCCCCAGCAUGCAAAUCUGCUUGCAUCAAAUGUGUCAAGAAGCUUGCACAAUACCCCAAGAUGGUAAAGCGCUUCCUAUCAGACCCAGCAACUAUACCACUUUUGCUUAAUCUCAUCUCAUUUAGGUCAGAUCCUCUCCUUAAACAAGAAGCUGCUGAAAUUCUUGCUCUGCUUAUAGAAGCUUGUCAACCUCCUCAGUUUGAGAUGUAUCAAGGGCUGCAGGAGCUGCAGUCAGAGCAUAAUGUCAGUCUCUUUUUGCGUCUUGUAGCAAAUUUUGAUCCUCAAUUUAAGAUUCAGUUCCUACACCUGCUGAUUGAACUUAGCAAUAAGUCAAAGAGAACUCAAAAUUUGAUACGAUCUAACAGAGAUGCUGUCAAUCACCUUUUCUCUUGUCUUGAUAGUGACCGGCCUUCGGUUAGAAGAUGGACAAUGAAGCUAAUACACUGUGUGUCAGAAGGUCAUCCUGAUGGGGUUCCACUCCCACCAUCGCCUGGAAAAGAAACUGCCAUCAACACCUUAUCAUCCAUUCUUACUUGUUCACCAGACUUUGAAGAAAGGUCCAUUGCUGCUGGUAUUAUUAGCCAACUUCCAAAAGAUGAUAUAGAGAUUGAUGAAAUACUCCGUAAAUCAGAAACUGUAAAAGCCAUUCAUGAAGUGAUUUGCAGCUCGGAUGAAGAAUUUGGUGGGAUUGGAGCACCCACUAACCAAGACAAGUCUUUACUUGAAAAUGCUCUAGCAGCACUUUUACGCUUCACAGAACCCUCCAAGCCCGAACUUCAAAGGCAAGUGGGACAGCUUGAGCUAUAUCCAUCUCUAGUUCGAGUGCUUUCUAUAGGUAGCCCACUGGCCAAGCAGCGAACAGCCAUUGCUCUAGCACAGCUAUCCCAGUCCACCAGCCUGUCAGUCUCACAUGCAAGCAUCAGGGUAAAGCAAGAGAAUUCCAUGCCACUGCUUAACAUGAUGAAGCUCUUCCCCAACAUGUCUUGGUGCUGUUCAGAUUCAGCAGACAAUGAAAUUUCAUGCCCCAUCCAUGGUGUUGCAUGUUUACAGAGACAUACAUUCUGCCUUGUCAAGGCCGAUGCUGUGAAGCCACUAUUGCGAACUUUGAGUGAUACAAACUCGGGUGUGGCAGAGGCUGCCCUAAUGGCACUUGAAACAUUGCUAGAAGAUCACAACACAUUGUCUCAUGCAACUGCUGCAAUUGUAGAGAGUCAAGGUGUUGUGGCAUUUCUUCAGGUCCUAGAGAAGGGAUCCUUAUCUGCCAAAACAAAAGCCUUGGACUUAUUCCAGAAGAUCCUAAACCAUUCACAAAUUAGUGAUGCAUUGUUUCAGAGGUCUGAGGGAAUCCUCAUCCAACUGCUUCAUGACGAAACACUUCGGAAGAAAGUAGCUCUAGUGCUUAAGCAGAUGAAUGUUCUUCCCGAGCAAUCGUCCUAUUUCUGAACUA